AUGUCUGUCGGAGUGGCGAUCAUUGGUAGCGGCGUCUUCGUCCGCGAAAAGCACCUCGCAGCCGUCCAAGCAGCACCCUCUUUGACCCUCAAGGCGCUGUUCUCCCGCUCUCUCAAAUCGGCGGAAGCACUCGCAUCCGAAGUCUCCGGCGUCGACCUGUAUAGCGAGGAUGCCGGCGAAGGCAAGGGCUACUCUGACCUCCUCGCACGGACCGAUAUCAAGGGCGUCAUCAUCGCUCUCCCCAUCCCCGCCCAGCCGGCCUACAUCAAAGCCGCCCUAAGCGCCGGCAAGCACGUGCUGUCGGAGAAGCCCGUCGCCAAGGAUGUCGCCGAAGCUCGUGAGCUGCUCCAAUGGUACGAUAAGAAUAUCGACAAGAGCAAGGUCACGUGGGGUGUGGCUGAAAACUUCCGCUUCUUCGAGUCAUUUCAGUACGGCGCGGAGAAGGUGAAGGAGCUAGGCAAGGUCGUUUCAUUCAGCACGAAGAUGCACGCCUUCGUCAAAGAAGGUAGCAAGUAUCAAGUAACCUCGUGGCGCAAGGACCCCACCCACCAAGGCGGCUUCGUCCUCGACGCCGGCGUCCACUUUGUCGCCGCCGCCCGCCUGCUGCUCUCCUCCACCGGCAACCCGACCUCUGUCUCCGCCCACACGGCGCAGCACCUGCCGUACCUGCCGCCCGUCGACACCAUCGACGCCGUCUGGAAGCUUGGCAGCGGCUGUUCGGGCUCCUUUUCCACCACCUUUGCCGCUCCCGUCGGCGGCCACGAGUACCGGAUCGUCUGCGAGCGCGGCACCGUGACCGUCGGCUUCGGCUCGGGGCCAAUGGCGCCGGCGUUCGUCGCCGUCAACCGCGCGGGCGACGAAGGCGAGGGAGAGAGGAAGGAGUUCCCCGAAACGGGCUUCGGGGUGACCCCGGAGGUUGCGGCGUGGGGUGGGAAGUUGGAGGAGGGCGGGUUCGAUGAGAGGCAGGCGCCGCAGGAGGCGCUGAAGGACUUGCAGAUUAUGGAGGCAAUGCUGAGGAGCGGCGAGCAAGGAGGAGUCCCGGUGGCUCUGCAGUAUUAG